CGGGUCAUUUGAUCCCAGUAAUUGUGCAGCACAUGGUGCAUCAUUCAGAAACCAUGUUCUCACCCCCACAUGCUAUAAAUAUCCAACUACUAACACCCCUUCCCAGCAGAGGAAAUUAAUAAGAGUGAGAAAAAUUAAGGCUAUGCUAAGAGUGUAGGGAGAGAGAUAAAGAGAGAUUACAAAGAGAUGGCCUUCAAAGGAGAAGUAGAUCUAGUGCUAAUGCUGAUGUUAAUUGCUGUUAUUUGCUUCAGCUUCUUACCUACUCCACAAGCUCAGCUUCAAGUGGGCUUCUAUGACACUCUCUGCCCUGCAGCUGAGCUCAUUGUGAGAGAUGAGGUGCAGAAAGCCAUGAACAUCAGCCCGGGCGCCGCCUCGGGGCUCCUGAGGCUGCAUUUCCACGACUGCUUCGUCCGGGGUUGUGACGCGUCGGUUUUGCUCGACUCGACGGCGAAUAACACCGCGGAGAAGGACGCGCCGCCGAACACAAGCCUGCGGGGGUUCGAGGUCGUCGACAGCGCCAAGUCGCGGUUGGAGGAGGCCUGCUUCGGAAUUGUUUCCUGUGCAGAUAUUCUGGCAUUUGCAGCGAGGGAUAGCUCUGUGCUGAGUGGGGGACAAUCUUAUCCAGUCCCUGCAGGGAGAAGAGAUGGGAGGGUUUCAGUCUCCCAGGAAACAUUUGGGAAUCUCCCUCCCCCAUCAUCUGAUCUCAACCAACUCACCCAAAUUUUCGCCAACAAAGGAUUCACCCAAGGUGAAUUGGUCACACUCUCAGGAGCGCACACAGUCGGUGGAUCGCACUGCAGCUCAUUCAGCAACAGGAUUUACAACUUUAGCGUCACCGCAGGCGAAGACCCAACGCUAGACCCAACGUACGUGACCCAGCUACAGCAACAGUGCCCACAAGGGGGCUCCAACGCGAGCUUGCUCGUGCCGAUCGAUCCGAUCAGCCCUAACACAUUCGACUCGAGCUACUACACCGCUCUCCUGGCGAAUCGCAGCCUGUUCUCGUCCGACCAAGCUCUUCUUGACUCCGACGCCACCUCAGGUCAAGUGAUCCUGUACGCGAACGACACGGACCUCUUUCUAAGCGAUUUCGCGGCUGCGAUGGUGAAGAUGGGGCAAUUGGAUGUCCUCACUGGCACCAAUGGAGAGAUCAGAUCCAAUUGCAGGGUAACCAACUAAAACUAUGUAUGUUGAUUAAGGAAAAGUAUUAAUUGUUUGAUUAAUUGUUUAUUUGUGAGUAAUAGAGUUGUUUAGCUAUUUAUCAUUUUUCUCUGCCAAAUAAGACCAAAUUACACAUAGCUAAAGGUUGAUUUUGUACUUAAAUUUUGUGUAUGUGUAUUUUGUGUUAAAUAGAGUUACAAAGAGGUAACUCUAUAUA